GUCUCGUCAUUCGUUCGUCGCCUUUUUCGUCAGCCAGCCAGCAAGAGAAAAUUAUUGAAAACGAAUCAUUAAUGCAAAAAGUUUCAACAUUCCGAGAGUUCAGAUCCGCGUACGGAGCUCGCAGAAAAGAACGGAAAAAUACUCGCUCCAGUCGGUGCUGCGCUUAGCUAUUCUGUUGGAAAUUUAGUGCUGAUAAUAAUUCAUGUGCCUAAUUUUCUACCCGCGACAUGAUGUGCAGUGAUUACUAGUGGAAGAAAAAAUAAUGGUGAAACGAAAUUGCAAGUGGUAUUUUUCAUGAGACAGGGCGUUAUAAGUCUGUAUGGAAAGAUUGAAAUCAAUUAUUCUGUGUACCUACUAGUUGGGAAUCGAUUUUGUCUGACUGCUACUCGGAUCGAAAAUGAAAGUAUCGUAUUAGUUAUUCCAAAAAGUAACUAACGUCCUUGGAAGUAAUUUUAGUCAUAGUCAAAAAUACUCGCAGGAAAUCGUGUUUGGGAAGCCUUAUUGGGGGGAUAUGGAUUGAGCGAAAUUCUCGUUCCAAUAGGUUUGAGAUUAGUGUUUGACCACAAGGACAAAACACAGCAACAGUUUUCCUAGUUCGCUGGAAGACAGCCAGAAAUCGGUCUGCCAAACGAUGUCCAUAACGGGCAACUAUGACCCGUACCAUCAGGGGAACAAUGGAACCGGAUAUCAUCGGAACAGCACCGGAAGCAAUGGUCCGGAUCGGCCUGACCGAUGUGCCUGCUGUGUCCGGACCAUGAAAUGGUUCCCGGUUCUCUUCAUCGUGGCGGUCAUCGGAUGGUCCUACUACGCCUUUGUGGUGCAACUUUCGUUUUUCACCGUAUCCAGUAUACUGCAGCGGGUGCUGUUUCUGCUGUUCUACCAUCUGCUGCUGAUUAUGUUCCUGUGGUCUUACUACCAGACCGUUUUCACCGACAUUGGCCGGGUACCGAGCACGUUCCGGGUACCCCGGUCCGAGUUGGACCGGCUGCUGCGGGCCCAGAGCGAGGAGGAGCAGAAACGGAUCCUGGAGGCGUUCUCCAAGAACCUGCCCAUCAUGACCCGAACGCUGAACGCCUCGGUGCGAUUCUGUGAAAAGUGUCGACUGAUUAAACCGGAUCGGGCCCACCACUGCAGCGUCUGUGGCGUCUGUGUCCUGAAGCUGGACCACCACUGUCCCUGGGUGAACAACUGCAUCAACUUCACCAACUACAAGUACUUCAUCCUGUUCCUGGGCUACGCUCUGCUGUACUGUCUGUACAUUGCCUUCACCACGGUCCUGUAUCUGGAGCUGAUCUGGAGCUCGAGCGGGAAAGAGGGUAAAAUUGACGGCCGGUUUCACAUCCUUUUCCUGUUUUUCGUUUCGCUGAUGUUUGCCAUCAGUUUAGUUAGCUUAUUCGGAUACCACAUCUAUCUGGUGCUGUUAAAUAGGACUACCCUAGAAUCAUUCCGUACGCCGAUAUUCCGGUUCGGCGGGCCGGACAAAAAUGGAUUCCAUCUCGGGAAGAUGAACAAUUUCCAGGAAGUUUUCGGAUACGAUCGGAAGCUGUGGUUCUUGCCGGUUUACACAAGCCUCGGGAACGGCUUGUCCUACCCGAUGCGGGGCUAUAACGAGGAUGCGGAAUCGUUGCUGGCCGGUGAACUUAGCGAAAGUUUGUACCACAGCAACACAAUCGAUAGCAAUCAUCAUCAGCAUCAUCAUCACGAGACCAACAACAGCAGCGGCGCUACCUUCAACACUUCGCAGCAUCACGUGGUAAGGAUGCAUCGGAAUCGCAACGAUGCCGGCAGCGGAAGUGACGAAGACGACGACGGCGAGGAUGGCGGCUACGGGGACGAAUUCGAGACGACGAUUUUCACCCGAUCGACGAAUUUGCUGCAUUAGAACCGAAUCGGUUCCAAGAUGGCGAAUGCCGAACUAAAACUGAGGACGUGAUACUAAAUGUUAGAUCAAGUUUAAUCAACCUUUUUGGCAACUUUUAUAUCGAUUCUAUAGCCGGAUUCAACCGAUUGACGAUUAGGUAUCGCUUGAAGAACACGCUUAUUUUGACAUCGUACCAGAUAUGUUCCAUAGAAAACCGAUUAGUCAGGCUUUACAGUAAACUUAAUUCCGCUGAGCCAAACAUAUACAAACAGAUUGCAUUUACCUUCUCUAAACAAUCGCUGACGUGAUCAACCAAAGACCAACUUUUCUUUGGAUGCAUUUUUUUGUUUGUUUGUUCGUCUUAGAAAGUGGUGUCAAAUAAAACGUCAUGUUGCGUAUUGAAAGUUUAAGAUUAUGGAUUAAAUCAUUUUUCAUCAUAUCAUAUCAUAGUUUAAGUUUUAGUAUUUUGCAGUCUUAAACUUUAACCUCCAUUAGUUUUUAAGGCUCUUUCUCCUCUGGAUUAAAAUUGACGUUUGAAUAUAACCAACUCUCUGGAGCCCCUUUCUUCAAAAUAAUUUUCAACGUCUAAAAACCAUUCCUAUUAAGGUUUUGAUAUUUCUACAUUCCUUUCAAGUAUUGCCAAUACGUAAAAGGCUUUAUAGAGAGCUAGAUGAGAACUAAAAGCAGCUUUAGGAAAUUCUCUCUUCUUUUUUUGCUAGUUGAUAGAAUAAGCGAAAGUUCUGAGCCAAACUAUGAAAAAAAAUGAGUUACGUAAAUCCAUACCACAAAUCAACAGAAAACCCCCUACUAGUCUAACAAAGGAAAAGUAAGUUUAAUCUUACGAUUAGACAUCGCAAACAUACAGAUGACAACAGGCAAACAAGAAAAAAACGGAAAAUACUAUUAUGAUAACAAAAAAACAUUAGGUUAACCCGUAGAGGAAACGAAACAGUGAUAGAUGAUUUAGACAAAUGUAUUGACUGCAGAAAAGAAAGUUUUAAAAAAUUGAUACAAAAC